UUGCCACCCACUCCCGUCCUGCUGCUCACCAUCAUGCCGCAGUACCAGACGUGGGAGGAGUUCAGUCGCACGGUGGAGAAGCUCUACCUCUCAGGCCCGAUGAAGGCCCGUGUGGUUCUCAAAUAUAGGCACUCUGAUGGGAGUUUGUGUAUGAAAGUAACAGAUGAUUUAGUUUGUUUGGUGUAUAAAACAGACCAAGCUCAAGAUGUAAAGAAGAUUAAGAAAUUCCACAGUCAACUAAUGAAGCUUAUGGUAGCCAUGGAAUCCCGCAGUGUUGCCAUGGAAACGGACUGAACGGUUUGAAAUGAAGACUGCCACGUUCUUAGGAAAUAAAUAUCUUUUUGAAUUUGAGAAAGUGCUGGGACAGAAAAUACGUUAUGUAACUAAGUGAGCUAUUCAAAAGCCUAGAAAUAGCUUUUGGGAGGCCUUUUAAAAAAUGUUUACUUUAGAGAGCUAAGAAUGUAAAUGCUUUCAGCAAGAAAGCCUUUAUUUAUUUUUGGAACUAGAACAAGAAAA